GUAGGCGGAGUCUAGGCUCACGGGUUCCGCCGUCUCUCGGCCUGUGGGUGGUGGCCCUGGUAACGCCAGGCGGAGAGGAGAGUGGGAAGCUUCCUCGGUAGCCCGCCAGCUCCCUCGAAACGGAACCUCCCUCCGUGGUGGAGCAGACAGGAUCCCACAGGAAUCAGUUGGCUAAUAAGGUGUGUGUCUCUCUGCCUUGUGGAACCUCAUGAAAAACCAGAGAGGUAGACAACUGUAUAAAGAGAUCUGGAAGAGCCUCCCCUCCCACUCUGUCUUGUGAAAAGGAAACAACGGGUGAUAUUAACACGGCUGACUCAUCUACAGCACAGUCCUCAGCAGAUAGAGACAUGCGAAAAAUACCAAAUAAUGGGAACCUGAAGAUGACGAAGGUGGCGUACCCUCUGGGGCUGUUCAUUUGCCUGUUCAUCUAUGUCGCCUACAUCAAGUGGCACUGGGCCUCCGCCACCCAGGCCUUCUUCAGCAUCACUGAGGUAGCCUCUGGGGUCCAGAGGGGCCAGCAGGUUCACAGUCUCCCGGGAAUGGCUACACAUAGUCACGAGGUUUUCUAUGGCAUCAUGUUUGACGCAGGAAGCACUGGCACCCGUGUCCACAUCUUCCAGUUCACCCAGCAGCCUGGAGAAACUCCCACUUUGACCCAUGAGACCUUCAAGGCACUGAAGCCAGGUCUGUCUGCUUAUGCUGAUGAUGUUGAAAAGGCCUUCUUCACAGAGAAAAGCAUCUCUGACAGUGCUAACCUGGGACAUCUGCUGUUUAGGAUGAUCAGUUGGACUCUGAGCACUUCAGGAAUUCAGGAAUUACUGGAUGUUGCUAAAAAAGACGUUCCUUUUGACUUCUGGAAGGCUACCCCCUUGGUUCUCAAGGCCACAGCUGGUUUACGUCUAUUACCAGGAGAAAAGGCUCAGAAGUUACUGCAAAAGGUGAAAGAAGUGUUUAAGGCAUCGCCUUUCCUCGUAGGAGAUGACUGUGUUUCCAUCAUGAAUGGAACGGAUGAAGGCGUUUCAGCAUGGAUCACUGUCAACUUCCUAACAGGCAGUUUGAAAACCUCAGGAAGGAGCAGUGUGGGCAUGCUGGAUUUGGGUGGAGGGUCCACUCAGAUCACCUUCCUUCCAAGAGUUGAGGACACCCUCCAGACCUGCCCACCUGGCUACCUGACGUCACUCCAGAUGUUUAAUCAGACCUACAAGCUCUAUUCCUACAGCUACCUGGGCCUCGGAUUGAUGUCGGCGCGGCUAGCAAUUCUGGGUGGCAUGGAGGGGAAACCUGCUGAGGAUGGAAGGGAGUUGGUCAGCCCUUGUUUGUCUCCAGGUUUCACAGGAGAGUGGGAACAUGCUGAAAUAACAUACAGAAUUUCAGGACAGAAGGCAGCAGUGAACCUCCAUGAGCUGUGUGCCAGCAGAGUGUCGGAAAUCCUUCGAAACAAAGUGCACAGAACGGAAGAAGUGAAGGAUGUGGAUUUUUAUGCUUUUUCCUACUAUUAUGACCUUGCAGCAAAUGUUGGCCUCAUAGAUGUGGAGAAGGGAGGCAGCCUCGUCGUGGGAGACUUUGAUAUCGCAGCCAAGUAUGUGUGCAGGACAGCGGAGACCCAUCCACCAGGCAACCCCUUUCUGUGCAUGGACCUCACCUACAUCAGCCUGCUGCUCCAAGAGUUUGGCUUCCCAAAGAACAAAGUGCUGAAGCUAACUCGGAAAAUCAACAAUGUUGAGACCAGCUGGGCUCUGGGGGCCAUUUUUCAUUACAUCGACUCCCUGAGCAGACAGAAGAGUCCAGCCUCAUAGUGGCCAAGCUGCCCCAACUAUCCUCACAGAAGUGGCUUCGUCUCCAUGGGAACAGACCUGUGUGAAACCCCUUGAUGUGUGGGAAGGAAGUCACUGCUUAGGCUGCCACCCCUCUCCCUUUGGCAUUGCAGACCUGCCCCUGGACGAGCAAAGGGCUAGAAUGUGACGCAGGCCCAGCAUCUCCUCCUGCCCCAGCCCCAGGUGGACAGUAAACCAGACAGGGCAAAGGGCACAUGUCAAGUUUAGGGUGACACAGGCAUGCCAUCCCCCAACCCUCCCCCGUCUGCAGGGUUGGGGUGGCUGUAACAUAUCUCUGUGACAGGAGUCUUAUUUUGUCUCCCUGCCCCUGUCUGGUCCCUCCUCUCAUCCCCAGGGCGGACCUCCACCUUCUCCCCAGAGACUUGGUGGGGAGGUUUUACAGGAUGUCCUGGCUGCUCUCAGGGUGGGCCAAGUGGCAACCACCAUGUCCUCUAGGACAGUGAAUGAGGCGGACUUGAAUGCAUUGGCCUCCUCCUUGGUUAUGGACAUAUGAGAUCAUCCAGAGGUCUGUUUUCUUGGUUCUUGGAUGGCUUGGAGCUAAAUAAUGGAGUUGGUCCUGUGAGAAGAAGGAAGCUAGGGAAAAUACCCCUGUGUGUCCCAGCUCUUCAGAGGAGGUCUGAAAGUGAGCGUGACCUGCUUACAGUAUUUAUGGCUGUGCUGUGUGAGUGACGUCUCUGUUGUGUGAUGCUGAGUGUUUGUGUAGCAACUGUAUUCUGAGCCCCAGUGAAUGUAUCACUACUGUGAGCCAUUUGCAGCUAAGCUGUGUUGAAAACCAUUCCCCUGUGGGUCAAGCAGGCUACAAUCCCCAGAACUGUCUUCUUGAGGCUCUCCUGGAGUGCAGGGCCAUGCCUAUCAUCUGGGGGCUCUGCAGGACAUUGGCCCUGCCUGGGCCCUCCUGCAUCGGGGUGUGAAGUCUGUGAGACAUGGGCCCCAGGGCCGCAGUCGUUCCUGCAGUGAAUGUAUGGUAUGUGGAAUAAGCUGAAUCUCAUGUGUUCCACUCAAAAUAAAGGGUUUACAAGCA